GGUGCACUGUGGGAUGGGAGACCGGCGCGCCUGGACGGCGGGCAUCUCGGGGCACCGGGCGGAGGCGCGGCGCGCGAGGAGGGGUGCGGGCGGUCGCGGGCGCCAGCGCCAUGAACGCGGCAGUGGUGCGGCGGACGCAGGAGGCUCUGGGCAAAGUGAUCCGGAGGCCGCCGCUCACCGAGAAGCUGCUGAACAAGCCGCCGUUCCGCUACCUGCACGACAUCAUCACUGAGGUGAUUAGGAUAACUGGCUUCAUGAAGGGCCUCUACACAGAUGCUGAGAUGAAGUCAGAUAAUGUCAAGGAUAAAGAUGCAAAAAUUAGCUUCCUACAGAAGGCCAUAGAUGUGGUCAUGAUGGUCUCAGGAGAACCCUUGUCAGCAAAACCAGCAAGAAUUGUGGCCGGGCAUGAACCUGAAAAAACCAAUGAGCUGCUUCAGCUGAUUGGCAAGUGCUGCCUCAACAAGCUCUCCAGUGAUGAGGCAGUGAAGAAAGUCUUAGCUGGGGAGAAGGCGGACUCGAGAGGACGGCCCUUACGGACCUCCAAAGCCCAUGAGGCCGACAACAAGAAUGUGAAGGAAGAAGAGUCCAGAACUCAUAAAGAGGAUAAAAGAAGCUCUGAAGUAAAGGAGAGAAGCACCAGUGCAGAGCACAGACAGAAGGAGGAACUGAAAGAAGAGAACAAGCCACGGGAGAAGGAGAGGGACAAGGAGAGGGACAAGGAAAGGGACAAGGAGAAGGCAAAGGAGCCCGACAGAGACCGCCACAGAGACCCUGACAAGGACAGAAGCAGGGAGGGAGAGCGAGAGAAAGCCAGAAGUCGGGCCAAGCAGGACAAGGACAGAAGCAACAAAGACCGGGACAGAGAGGGUGAAAGGGACAAGGAUCGGGAGAGGAGGAGCGAGGGUGGGAAAGAAAAGGAGAGGCUGAAGGAUCGAGACCGCGACCGGGGAAAAGACCGGGAACGGCGGAAAGCGAAGAAUGGGGAGCAUUCCCGAGACCCUGACCGGGAGAAAAGCAGAGAUCCAGACAAGCCAGAGAAAAAGUCAGCAAGCUCAGGGGAGAUGUCUAAAAAGUUGUCAGAUGGAUCUUUCAAAGACGCCAAAGCAGAGAUGGAGGCUGAGGUUUCUGUGGGAGCAUCCAGGUCCUUGUCAUCAAAAACAUCAAAACGGCGAUCUAAGAAUUCACUGGAAGGAAGAAGGGACUCUAGAGCCAGUGAAAGUAGCCUUUCCCUUGACAAAGAACAUAAUGCUUCCUACCGUAAAGCUAAGAAGGACCAUAGCGUGAAGCAGCUUGGAAGGAAAGAGGAUAAUAUUUCAGCUAAGAUUUUAGACUCCAUAGUGUCGGGACUAAAUGACGAAGCAGAUCAGGAAACGACAGCUCCAGAAAUAGGCGACUCCCCCAGUGACGCAGAAGGAGAAGCUGGACCUACUGGCCAAGAUAAGCCCGAGGUGUCAGAGAAUACGGAAGUCCCCAGUGAGCUUUCCUCCAAUCUCAGAAGAAUACCUCGGCCAGGGAGCGCACGACCAGCACCUCCCAGGGUCAAACGACAAGAGAGCACUGAGACUCUGACAGGAGACAGGUCAGGAAGUGGUAAAACUGUCUCCAAUGUGAUCAUCGACUCACAGAAUUCUGACAAUGAGGAUGAUGAGCAGUUUGUGGUGGAAGCUGCCCCUCAGCUCACGGAAAUGUCAGAGAUUGAAAUGGUGCCAGCAGGGGACCUGGAGGAUGAGGAGAAGCACGGUGGGCUUGUGAAAAAGAUCUUGGAGACGAAGAAGGAUUAUGAGAAAUUGCAGCAGUCUUCCAAGCCCGGUGAGAAGGAGCGAUCCCUCGUCUUUGAGUCAGCGUGGAAGAAGGAGAAGGACAUCGUUUCGAAAGAGAUAGAGAAGCUCCGUGUGUCCAUCCAGACCCUGUGUAAGAGUGCACUUCCCCUGGGAAAGAUCAUGGACUACAUCCAGGAGGACGUCGACGCCAUGCAGAACGAGCUGCAGCUGUGGCACAGCGAGAACAGGCAGCAUGCCGAGGCCCUGAGCAAGGAGCAGAGCAUCACAGACAGUGCGGUGGAGCCCCUGAAGGCCGAGCUAGCUGAGCUGGAGCAGCAGAUCAAAGACCAGCAGGACAAGAUCUGUGCUGUGAAGGCCAACAUCCUGAAGAAUGAGGAGAAGAUCCAGAAAAUGGUGCAUAGCAUCAACCUGACAUCACGAAGGUGAACGGCCAGUCCUGCAGAGAUGGAGCCGUCUUCCUCGUGGUGGGAGAAGAGGCGGGAAAGCGCCACUCUGAGCCCCAGUCUGCUGAGGAAAUGGACCGCAGGUGGCUGGACCCAGCUGAAUUCAGCUUUCGGUUUAGGCACUAAACUUAUUAAAAGGCCGUGUUUUCUUA